AUGUAUCUCUCCAAUUCAUUGUUACUCUUAGCAACACAGGGUUUUGCUUCCCCUGCCUUUCGUAAAAGAGUCGUCGCUUCUCUUGACCAGACUGCCUUUGAGGAAGCACAACAACGGGACGAUACCGCAACAAGAGCUUUCACAUCGGUUCCAAUCACAACUUCAUCAGGGCAGUGUCUCUUCGUGGAUGAGCUUUCCGGUGACUUCAGAGCGAACUUGACACCAAUUCAAAUAGCUGCCUGUGAUGGCAGUACGGGACAGCUUUGGGACGUUCUCACCAGUGGAAAACACAACAACGUAGCAGGUAGUAUGCUGGUUGUCAAUACUUUGACCCAAGCUUGCUUGAACUUUGAUCCUCGCCGUGCGGCGGGUAAUACUGUCAUCAUGUUUUCCUGCGGUGGUCGGGCCGACGGAGAUGGGCUUGUCACAAAAUCCCAGCUCUUUCCAUUCAAUGUGACUUCCGGCCCACUUACUCUUUCUCCCGAAAACGCCCCAGGCACCUGUUUGUCUGUUACCACUGCGAACGUUCUCGAUCAGGCUCCCUGCGAUGAAUCUGAUUCUAGCCAAACAUUUACAUUUGAUGCCUCAAGUGUCUCCGCCGAUCCAGCAAUCGCUAGCUCUGUUGCACCAUCGGUCUCAGGCGUAGCAGACGUUUCAUCAUCAGCCGUUCUUACAUCUUCAGCAGCCACGUCUUCAUUGCCUUCCCCUGCUUCACCAUCGUCAGUGGCUGCGACUACAGCUGCUUCUGUAGUACCGACAAGCGAUCCAACGACCCCUCUUCCCGUUUCCCGUGCUGGAGGUGUACUAGAUCCUUCUGCCGCAGCUGAAGCCAAUGAAAUGGAUAAUACCGCCGUAAAGGCUUUUUCAUCCGUCGCUUUGAAAGAUGCAUCUGGUCAAUGUCUAUUCGUUGAUCCAACUGCGGGCGACUUUAGACAGAAUUUGAUUCCAAUCACUCUACAAGCAUGUGAUGGAAGUCAAAAUCAAGCUUGGGAUAUUGUUACAAGUGGAAAGCAUAAUAAUGUACCCGGCUCGGUGCUUGUAGUCAGUAGCUUGACUCAAGGAUGUCUUAACUUUGACCCGAGAAGAGCUAAUGGCGAUAAAGUUAUCAUGUUCUCUUGCGGUGGAAGAGCUGAUGGAGAUGGUUUGGUAACAAACUCGCAAUUGUUCCCAUUCAUAGAAGGCCCAACAGAAAUCUUACUUGCCCCUGAAAAUGGAAAUAAUGCAACCUGCCUUGUGGCAAGUGAGGAUGGAAAGCUAGACUCGACUAGUUGUGCUGGUGACGCUACAAGCCAAUCGUUCACCAUUUUGACAAUUUAG